AUGAGCUUCGCCAUCGAGGUGCCGGGAGCGGCCGUCCCCUUCAACCUGCCCGACCUCUGCAAAGCGCUUCAGGCCGGCAACUCAAGCGACCACAGCCAGCGUCAGGCGGCGUCUCAGCAGCUUGAUGAGUGGCAGACACACCCAAACUACUUCCCGUCUCUGCAGCUCGUCUUCCUCGACCGCACGCUGCCCUACGAAGUCCGCUUUCUCGCCGUGAUCUUGCUGAAGAACGGCGUCGACAAAUACUGGCGCAGCUCGGCACGACUAAAGGGCGGGCUGCACCCCGACGAGAAGGCACUGAUCCGCUCGCGGUUGUUGCAGGGCACGGUGGGCGAGGAGAACCGCACGCUGGCACUGCACAAUGCACUGGCAACGGCCAAGGUGGUCCGCAUCGACUACCCACAGGACUGGCCGGCGGCGCUGCCUGACCUGGUGGCGCUGCUGCGGAGCGUCAAGGACACCGAUCCGGCCCAGCUGGGUGGUGGGCUGCUGGUGUUGCUGCGGGUGAUCAAGGAGCUGGGCAGUGCCCGGCUUCGGCGGUCACAGACGGCGCUGCAGCACAUUGCGGAGGAGCUGUUUUACCUUCUGGGCGACAUCUACACGGCCAACACGACGAUAUGGAUGGGCUAUCUUACGGCCCAGAAUGGGCAGCACGGAAAUGGUAACGGUGCGAGCCGGACAAACGUCGACUAUGCGAUGAUCAACAGCUUGACGGCCCUGAAAGUGCUGCGGCAUCUGGUGAUCAGUGGCUUCGAGCACCCACACAAGUCCAAGCUUGUGGAGGAGUUCUGGUCCUUGACACAAACGCAGUUUGACCAGUUCCUAGGCUAUGUCAACAACAACCACAGCCAAGACGGCAGCAGUGACGACGAUAUUGUCGGCAAGCACCUGCUCAAGUUCACGAGAUUGCACAUUGAUAUGAGCGAAGCACACCCUGCGAGCUUUGCGGCCCUACCCAACUCGGUGGCCUUGGCACGCGCAUACUGGGGCAUUGUGGCCAACUUUGCUGACGUGUAUACGAACUCGGGCGGCCUACGGCAAAACGGCUCGUCUGAUAAUGGCGGUGGAGGCGGCGGUGGAGAAGGAAAGUCAUCCAAGCUUGAGGGCCCGCUGUCGGAGAGGCUUGCCCUGCGGGGCUUAUUACUACUCAAGAGCUGCAUCCAGAUCGUCACCCAGCCACUGAAGACGUUCAAGUACCGCAGCGCCGAGGCGCAGCAGGACCAGAACGACGGCGUUCAGCGCAUUAAGAGCGAGCUGUUUACCGACGAGUUCUUGCUACAGGUUGUCGACACCAUCGUCACAAAAUUGUUCGUCUUCCGCAAAUCCGACCUCGAGGCAUGGGAGGAAGACCCAGAAGACUGGGAAGCACAGGAGAGUGAGUCGGGCGCGGCAUGGGAGUGGCAGGUGCGGCCGUGUGCUGAGCGUGUCUUCCUCAGCCUUCUCAUUCACAAUAAGCAGCUUCUGGUGCCGCCACUUCUGGCGUACUUCCAGCACGCGAUGCACGACGAGACAGAUCUGCUGACAAAGGAGGCCGUGUAUACGGCCAUGUGCAAUGCUGCCGUGGCGAUGGGUAAGGCAUUUGAUUUCGACAACUUCUUGAACACGACUCUUGUUCGAGACGCCCAGGUACAUGGCCCCCUGGCCAAGAUCUUGCGCCGGCGCGUCGCCAUCCUGUUGGGUUCGUGGGCCUUUUACGAGCUGCCGGAGGAGUCGCUCAAGGUGGUGUACUCGGCGUACGCCCAUCUACUGAACAAAACGGAUCCGGCCAACGACCAAGUGGUUCGGCUGACGGCAGCCCGCCACCUCAAGUCGACGGUCGACGACUUCCAGUUCCGUGCAGUCAUUUUCGAGCCGCACGCAGCUGGCGUGUUCUCGGCCCUCAUCGACCUGCUGCAGGAGGUUGAGAGCGACGAAACAAAGUUGGCAGUGCUCGCGACGAUGCGCACCUUCAUCGAGCGUAUGGAAACGAUUGCGGGCCAGUUCAGCGACGGCGUGGUGGCGGCGCUGCCGGGCAUCUGGGCAUCCGCACCCGAAGACACGUUCAUGAUCAAGCAGGCCGUCCUGUCGAUCCUGGCGACGCUCAUCAUGGCACUCGGCGCGGCGUCCCAAAAGUAUCACGCGCUUAUCUUGCCGUUGAUCGCAGACGCCAUGAACCCGACCUCGCCCGUGCACCAGUUCUUGUUUGAGGAGGCCGUGGAGCUGUGGCGCAGCAUCAUGAGCCAGUCGGCAGCACCUCUGGCGGCCGAGCUGGUUGACCUGCUACCCCUUGCGCUACAGGUGCUCGACUACGACUCGCAGCUCGUGCAAACGUGCCUGGAGAUUGUAAACGCCUACAUUAUCUUGACGCCCGACGCGGUACUGACGGACCGGUUCCGCGUGCCGACACUGGAAGCCCUGACGGGCGCCAUGGACGCCAAAAAGUGGGAGAUUGUGCACGCGGCUUCGACAAGCAUUCAAAAUGUGAUUCGCUCGGGCGAAAUGCUGGGCGGUGAGACAGGUGUGGCGUCCAUUGUGAACGACCUCGUGCGGGUAAACAUGCUACCACGCAUUUGCGAGCGGCUGCGGGCCGCAUGGGAGGCGCACCAGUCGACAGGUCCCAAUGCCAAGACCAGCCCGAUCAAGCCGACGACGCAGGUCGAGUACGUACUGAUCCUGAGCCGUAUCGCGCUUGGCAACCCGAACGCGAUUCUCAACCUUCUCGGCUCCCUCCCACUGCCAUCCGGCGGCGUGCCGCAACUGACUGAAGCGACGAGCGGCGCCAAUAUCGAGGCGAUCUGGCCGUGGCUCAUAGCGGAGUGGUUCGGCAGCCUUGACAACAUGGGAAAUCCGGAGAGCCAAAAGGUGGCGUGCUUGGGGCUGACACGGCUGCUGGAGGUGCAGAGACCGUUGGGUGCCGGCAGCGGUAUCCAGUUUUCGGACCUGGUCCUCGGCCGCCUCCAGGACUACCUCGCGAUGUGGACGAGCACCGUGAUGGAUGCACAGGGCGACGCGACGAAACCCGAUACGUACGUGUGGCCCGAAGGCGCGCCACCGCCGACCGAGUUCGACACGCCGCUGAUGACGGCCGAGGCGGCGUUUGUGGCCAAGGAUCCGUUGCACACACAGACUACUCACGAGUUCAUCAUGGCGCGGCUGAUGGACGUGAUUGGGCGAGUGGGCGGCGAGGGGGCUUUCAACGACAACUGGCUAGUGAAUGUAGACCGAGACGUGCUGGCUGGGUUCCAGGCCCUGACAACGCCCCGUUUGCUCUCAGCCUCCUGCGGCACGGCCACAACAACCUUGCCCCAAGUCUCACGGCCACCGAGCGCCUUGAGCGUUGCCGGCACACGGUCCAGGCCCGAAAACGGCUCGCCGUCGGUAAACACUGUCGGCCGGAACGCGCCCCGGUCAAUCAGCCGCCGCAGGCCCUCCCACACGGCCGGGAUUGCCUCGAUCUCUUUUAGGCUUUUCAAUCUUGCCGGCCGCAAAGCCCACAAUCAGGAUGCGGCCGUUCCACGCCGUGCACUUGGUGCUGAGGUCGACCAUGCCUACAGGAUCGUAGACAAUGUCGACGCCGCGGCCGCCCGUCAGUUUCUUGACCGUCUCGGGCCAGUUGGUGUCGGACUUGUAGUUGAUGGCGUGGUCGGCGCCGAACGCGCGGGCGACCGCAAGUUUGUGCUCCGUGCCAGCGGUGGCAAUGACCUUGGCGCCGAACGCCUUGGCGACUGGAGUGACGCGGGGUCUCGUGGGCGCCGUGACAAACAGGCCGGCGGCUUCCGUAAAGGACCAGCCGGGGGGGACGGGCUGCAGCUGGCUCUCCGUGGCGACGACCUUGGUAGCAUAGGCGCCCUGGCUGGCACCAAAGACGCGGUCACCAACUGCAAAGCGCGGUUUUAG